CGGCGGGGGGCGCACGGCUAGUGUACGGCCGGCCGUCGCAUCGAGCGGACGGGUGCACGAUGCACGCACGGUGAACAAAAACGAUCGCGAUGCUGUUCGAGAGUCCCAACGCGAAACUGUUCCCGGCCUUCAACAUCCCGCCGCCCGUCAGGCUCAGCGGCGCCCUGGGUGGUCUGGAGGUGGUGGAAGGUGGUCUCGUGGGCGGGGAGCUGGCGCACGUGCUGAGCGCCCAAGCUGCCGCCCACGCCGCGGCCACAGCUGCCGCCCAUCAACAGCAACAACAACAGAUAGCUGUGCAGCAAAUCAAAACAUCCCCCUCCUCGGGGCGGUCGACCCCAGUGACGGGCGCCGCGGGCAGCGCAUCCCCCUCGCCCUCCAAACUCUUCGUGGGCGGCCUCAGCUGGCAGACCAGCUCGGAGAAGCUCCGGGAGUACUUCGCCAUGUUCGGUGCGGUCACCGACGUGCUCAUCAUGAAGGACCCUGUCACGCAGCGCUCGCGCGGCUUCGGCUUCAUCACGUUCCAGGAGGCGGCCUCCGUCGACAAGGUGCUGGCCGUCCCCGUGCACACGCUGGACGGCAAGCGCAUCGACCCCAAGCACGCCACGCCCAAGAGCGCGCCCAAACCCGCCAAGACCAAGAAGAUCUUCGUGGGCGGUGUUGGACAGGACACCUCGGCUGACGAAGUGCGCGCGUACUUCGCCCAGUUCGGCCCCGUCGAAGACGCUGUGAUGCUGAUGGAUCAGCAGACCAAACGCCACCGCGGCUUUGGGUUUGUGACCUUCCACUCUGAGGAGGCUGUGGAGCGCGUGUGUGACAUACACUUCCACACGGUGAAGAAUAAGAAGGUCGAGUGUAAGCGCGCUCAGCCGAAGGAGGCGGUCGCGGCGGCUCCGUUGGCGUUGGGUAAAAGGCUGGUGUUGCGACCGGGGCGUGGGUUGGUUUACGGGGGGGUUGGAGCGGUGCCGACGGCUCACGCGUACCGGUACGCGCCGUACGCUCUCCCGACUGCCGCGCCGACGCUGGUCGCGCCGCCCGCGCCGGCACCAGCGCCCGCUGUGCCGCAGUUCGGUGCGGCGUACUCCCUAGCGGGGGUUGAUAUGUCGUCGUUCCAGGGCGUCGACUGGGGCGCCAUGUACGGCGUGCCCAUGUACAUCUAAGCGCCCACGACCACGCUCUGCGCGUGUGCGUGUCGCCCACCGCGACUAGUGUUUGGCUGAUUGUACAGGCUAUAAAUGCCCGGCAAAUUAAAAAAAACGGUUGAAGUGAAACUUCUUUUACAAAAAGAUUAAAGAUUCCGACUAAUUGUGUUCGGUUUCAUAAUGCAUGGGCAGCACGCAUCCGAUUACUAAUUUCGUAACGUAUUCACCUUAUACUCCUGAAGUCGAGCGUGCGUAAAGAAGUUUUACUUCAAUUUUGGAGGGCGUUCCCAAAAUUAUAGUGCAAAUAUUGGAACAACUCAGUUUGAUACUUGCAAUUUAAUUUUUUUUUAUAUUUUAAACCCGUCAACUGUCGAAACUCCACGGGCGGGUCGUCAAUAAAUAUUACUUGACUUCCGCCUCUUCAGUAGCGCUAUUCUGUAACAAUGUUUGGUAUUUUUAUAAAUCACCUAAUAUCUUUCUCAUUCUUUAGCAUCGUGUUAGACAGAGAGAGAUAUAUGUGAAUUCCUAAGUAGCGUGUUAUAAAAAUAUCAUUACAGAAUAGACCUACAGUGUCUCGUCGAGCGAUAUACUUUGCACAGACUAAAAAAAUUAGUGUCACUUGAAGGGUUAAAUGGUUUUUUUUUUUAAUUUGUCGGGUGAUUUUAGUUUCACUAAGUAGCCAAACCCUACUCGACGCGUCGGGGCGCCCACGACCACCCGCGACCCGCUCGCAGCCCGUUUGUUUUCUCUCCAAACAGUUCCUAUACGAUUGUUUUCGGCCUGCAGUGUUGUUGUAUCUCAGUGUACCACUCACAUAAUGACUCACUACAUCGUUUGUCAUCGUAUUUUCGUUUUUGCAAUCAUCUAACAUUGUGUUUUCAACGAAAUUACUUAAUUAUCGCCAUUUUACGUAAAAUGGCGACCAUAGUGGUAGUAGCAAAUAGUGGCGUUAUUUUAACUAAAAAUCAUUAUUUACUUAAUUUCGUUGAAAUAUUUGUACAUCAAAGUAUCACAGUCACUUGUUGCAACAUAAUAUAGUUAUUUAAACGAAAUGGCCUCAAUAGCUCAGUUGUAAAGGAGUCAGAUUCAUCACCGAGAGGUGAUCGUUCGAUCCUCGAUCGUCGGUAUAUUGUCGUACCUCCUAAUAACACAGUCUUUUUCGACUAUUUGGAGGGGAAUAUUGGUCAUAUUUAAAAAGAUAUGGUAAAUAUUUUUUGUAAAAAAAAACAAAGGAUCUUGAUUACACCAUUUUACAUCAAGUGGCUGUGAUAUUUUGUUGUACGAUUAUUCCAACGAAAUAACGUUUUUUAGUUGAAAAAACGUCACUAUUUGCAACUAAACUAACUAUUUACUAAUGCCAUUUUACGUAAAAUGACGAUAAUUAAGUAAUUUCGUUGAAAACACAAUGUUAGAUGAUUGCAAAAAUGAAAAUACGAUGAAAAACAGUGUAGUGACUUAAUAUUUGAGUGGUACACUGAGGUACAAGAUGACCCUGAGGGUCCGGCUCGUCAAACUCCAAGGCUCAUCGUCGUAGGUUUAAGGUCAAUUUUCUCGAAGCAAUAUUUUUUGGUCCCCGGCGGCCCGAAGCAAAGAUACGCAUUUUUUUUUUUUACUAAAUAACUAAUUAAGGCGAAGAUCUCAGAUAAUUUAGUUUGUCCUCGAUAUAUAUACUUAGAGAAACGAAAAAAAAAAAGUUUUUUUUUUGUCUUACUAGUGCGUACUUAUGUUUGUGUCUUGGUUUUGUAAUGUAGUUUUUAAUAUAGUUAAUGCACGCUCGCAGGCGAUAUUAUUAUUAUUAUUCUUAAUUAUUUGUAGCGUAUAGUUGUGAGGAGAAUCUCAUGCAGCUCUGUAUUGUAUUUUUUAUAAAUAAUUUAUUAAAAUUGCGUACAUUAUUACGCCGCGUGACGUGACGUCUAUAAUAUAUUACAUAUUUUAUAACUACUAUAUAUACUAAAUAACGAAUAUAUACGUACUCGAAUCAGUAUUAAAAUUUCGUGCCAUUUAUAUGAAAAAAAAAUAUAUUCAAAUUGUGCCAAAUCUUCUGACAACUUUUUUUGUUAACUGUGCUAGUUGACUUUGAAUACAAAGUCAUAUACAUUAUUAUUGUUUUCAAAAACAAAAGGUCAUUAUUCGUUUUACUGUCAUAAAUAAUAAUAAUACCUAACCACUGUCACUUAUGGAAUGGGAAAGUAUAAACCCACACCUAAAAAUUCCGGGAAAAACUUAUAUUUCCCUGAAUUUUCAAGUCAAUACAUACAUUCUUCGGUAUAUAUAUAAUUCAUAAAUAUACGUAAAAGUAAGUAGGCACACACGAUAUUGAAACUAAAAUACCUGUAUAAUGAAAAGUAAAAAGCCACCUCUAAAUAUUUACAAAUGAACAUUAAUAUCAACAUCAGACCUGUUUUGGUUUGCAUAUAGCAGACUUUUUUCAAAAUACCAUAAACCAUAAGUUGGAUAUACGUAUACUAAAACCGACUUAAUACUACAUACUAAAUAAUAUAAUGUGACGUCAAUCAAUUAUACCUAUGUAUAACUAAGAUAUACGUACGAUAUCAACAACAUAUACAUCAAUCAACAUAUAUAUACGCCAAAUAAACAUUGUUUUUUGGUGUAUAUAUGUUUAUGUUAACAAAAACAAACAUCAAGAUAAUAUUUAUAGAUGAACAAACUAAAAUACGCUAACAAUUAAUGUGUAUGUCAACCGUAAUAUAUGUAAAACGUAUAUAUCUGUCAAAGCAACGUCACACGGUCGUGACGCAAUUAGUGUCACGUCAGAAUGUGACUCAAACAGCGUCACGUCAGCGUCAGACAUAUGACGCGCACGUCACGCGGCGUCGCGGCUCACUCAUACAUAUCUAACUCGAAAGCAAUCAUUAUUACUGCAUUGUAUGAAUGUAUUUUUUAUGUAUGGAGUUGUAGUAUGUAUUUGUAUGACGUAUGGACCCCAUGGAUUGCGGUGUGUUUUGAGGUUUUCUUUAUUUAUAUUUACUACAUAUUAGAAAUUUAAAAUUUAUACUUAAUUUACUAUUUAAAAAUAAUGUUUCCUAUAUUUAUUUAACAUGCAAACAAUAUUUGUAUAUACUACGAGUAUAUAUGAUAGUUUAUCUUGCUUUGGACUGUUAAAAACUAUAGAUUACAUACUUACAUAUUAUAUAUAUGUAUACUGUUUUGUUGUCUAUAAAGAGAAAAGACAUGACAUUUCACUGAAAUACUCUUGCAAAUGGAAAAUUACAUCUUCUAUAUUUUGAUCAUCUACAAUAUCACAAUGAAAAAUAAAUUACAUAUGACCAUAUAAGGAUUAUUCCUUAUAUGGAUAUUCCCAGUAUCAGGUACCGUACCCAGUGAUUCUUCAACUCUACGCAUAUACAAGAUUAUAUUGUAUGGUAUAUAUCGUAUAUAUGUAUAUAUCUUUUUUAAACAAAGCGUCAAACAAAGAGGCUCGACUGAAUAAACCUCGAAAAACGCUGCAAUCACUGCGAUGCCCCGCCAUAUCACACACGUGUCCGUCGAAUGCAAGCGAUAAUAUAUCUUAAACGUAUUGCAGUGUGGUCGAAAGUCGCUCGCCUCGACACACUGUGAGAGUAAACCAUCAAAACCGAUCGUUUUGAGCAUUUCAGAUUAGAACUCCUCCGAAUUUUACGGCCCCAUUAAUUCCUUUUAUUGCAAAAAUUUCUGGAACUCUGUGGCAGAUAUAAAAGCUCGGGGAAUGAUUUUUCGCUUGUUUGACCCGGAUUCACUGGAACAGAUAGAUAGGUGAACCAAACUUACAAAAUGGCCUCUUUGCUGCAAUAAAGUGAUAUCUCGCAUAUUACUGUUUUAUAGGAGGCUGUUUUAUAAAGUUUCAUGUCGAAACUAAUGUGUUUUUAAGUAUUAUAUUAUUUUAAAGACAAGACACUUUUUCGAAAAAUAACCGCAAUUAUUCACACACGAUUAAAAACUCGAAAGAAUUCUAGUAGCAAUGAUACUCAUCUAAAAUGUUUACAGUACUGGCAAGAACUCUUAAAUCAAUACACGCAUUCGUGUCUCGAUUUGCGUAAACAAUGGUCUGCCGAGAAUCUCAUUCGAGAUAUUUUAACAAAUCACUCGUAUUUUCAAACAGCGAAACUUCCAUCAUUACUACGCGAUGAUUGCCAAAACUCGCUGGCAUUUGAGGUUUCUACUUUUGUGGCCUGUAUUCACUUGGCAAUAAUUGUCCAGUUAGAAACUCACUGGCAUUCAAGGACUCUCCUUUUGUGACGUAGCCUAUUUACACUUGGCAUCAUUAGUAUAGUAGAAACUCGCUUAUUUUGUAACGUAGCCUGAUUAUACUUGGCAAUAAUUGCCUAGCUAGAGAAUCGCUGGCAUUCGAGGACUCUCCUUCUGUAACUUAACCCGUUUACACUUGGCAAGAAUUGUCUAGCUGGAAACUCGCUUUUGAGAACUAUACUUUUGUAACGUAGCCAUAAUUUCCUAAUUUUAAUAUCCUAAUUCCAUUUCUCUAUUGAGGCCUAGUAGAAGCAAGCAGUUCCAUUCUAAAAAAUAAUUUUAAGCCACAAAAACGCGGUUUUGAUGGUUUUUGCGAUGGUUGUCGCCCAUGGUGGUCCUUUAGUGCGUAUUUUAGUUUAGUUAGCAGUUGUAAGGGAAUGCGACACUAACACGGAGUGUAUAUGACAAUAAGCUAAGUAUAAGGUAGCUGUAGUUGCCGCUUGUCUAUGCCUGGACCCAUAGCCCCUGGUUGGGCGCCAUUUGAAAAUGAAAAUUAUCGUUUUACCCCCUAUUUAUAAGUGACGCCUGUAAAGUUGUGAUGAGCCUUCUUUAUUUUUUUGGGGAACUGAAUAUAAUGCCACUAUGCUUGAAGUGAUUAAAUAAAUUAAUAAUUUAUAGACUCAUCAAUGCUUUAUGGUAGUCAGGCGCAAUUCUAUUUGAAAAUACAAAAAUGAUUUUUACUCCGAUGCAACAAAAGGGUAUGUUUUAACAUAUUUCAUUCAAACGUGUAGGUCAUUUGUUUAAAGACAUACUAGUCUGUACUAAUAGUGAAAAUUUGAAUAGCGCAUGAAGUAAACUAAAAAUUUUAUAUUUUUUCACAGCUCUAUGCCUGCAGACAGGCGAAUUUAAUAAUAACUUGAUGCCUUCACGCGUUUCAGAGGAAUCGUGUCCUGUGACAUACAGACUAACAGACAACAAUGUUUAUUAAUGACGACAAAUACGGAGCGCUAAAAAGGUACUUAUUACUAUUUUGCCAACAUAAUUAACAGUUUACUUUAUUAGUAUACUAACUUAGAGCGUGUUUUAUAUUUUUAUAGAACUAAAAUAUUAUCCAGUAAGAGAUGUUAUGGACCGCGUGCCAGCAAUGGCUAGAUGCACUGCAUUUUAGAAAGGCUUGAGGUUUGUCAGCUCCUGCUCUUGCUAUAGGUUUGUUUGGACAUGAUCUGAAUAGCAAAAACAAAAUACAAUAUCACCGAUUUCACGAUGCAAACUAAUCUCCGCCGUGACCAAAGAAAUGUAGGAAAACUUAGCACCUACGAAGCAAUAUAGCAGACCGACACGUUAAUCGAUUUGAAGACGAUAUUCACGUAUAUAGUAACUAUACUUACGGUAGGCGAUCAAGAUCACAAAGCAGACCGACCAUAUUGGGUCCAGCAUGUUACACUAAUAAAAAUGUCGAAAAUCCCUUAUUUUAUUUUCAUACUAGCAGACGCGUAGUUCUCGGUUUUUUUUUUAAUGUGGGUUAUUUUAGAAAUAGCUGCCAAUAUCUUGAUUGUGCAACUGUCAACCUAACUAAAAUUAAAUCCAGACCUGUAUUAGAUUUUAAGCUAUUUAAGCAAUCGCUUUGGGCAUCUCAUCUAGAACACCAGAGACGAUCGAGACAAAAAGGUUGUAAACCAAAAGUUCAAUAACGCAUCAAGCAUGAGAUAAGUACCGGAGGAAUAAAACAUACAUAUUGUACCUACCACACGUAGGUAUUUUUUUUUUAUUUACUCCUAACUGACAAUACUUGGGGGGACAACAGGGUAAGAUUGUCAAGGGCAAAUAACCUUAAUCCAAUGAUUAAACCUGAUAACUGUCCAUGAUUGGCGAACUUUCAGCCUUCCUAAAAUGGGGUAUGUCUGCCUGUCAUAGGCUCUCGGUUUUAUUUCGUCCGGCCAUUGUAGUUUGGCAUAUAAUUGUCAUUAUUCCGUAUAUUAAAGCUGGCAGGUUUCCGACUGGCAUGCCAUUAAAAUGCAACGUCUGCUGAAUGGGAGUUUCUUUGAAUGCGCGCUGCAGUGGAUAGGUAGAAUAUUACUUGUACAUCUUUCUUUGUUUGGAAAGUAGCUGGCUCAGGAAGAGUGACCUACAUUGACACAACGGCUUUUAUGCGCUUUUUUUAUUCCUAAUACGUCACAUUUUGCGUCGCUAGGAACAUGUUUUUCUUUGGAGAUGUUAGAGAUGCACACUUGAGUGCAUCGUUUUUUUUUUUUUGUUGUAACUGCUGCUCACUUGGUCAUACGAGUGUGUAUUGUGUAAAUAGUGCAAUAGGGUCACACUGUAAACGAAUGUUUAUUUGUGCAGAUUAUUCAUAUUUUCAAAUUUUUAUGAUACCCAGUGUAUUUUUAGUAGAGGUUUUAAUGGUAUCACUUACUGAAUAAAGAUAAUAAUUUUACGAUCAAUAAAUGUUCAAUGCGAACCUGAAGUAUUAAAAUUAUAUGUAAGUAAUUAUUGCGUGCAAUGGCAUUUGAUUUGGCAUCAUAAAUUAUAAUACAAGAUUAAAAUUGUUUUAAAAGAUAAAUAUGAUUCAUUAAUUUCAAUUAAUUAUUAUCUAAAAAGCUCGGAGCGGAUAUGAUCUGAUUAUAUUGCAUAAGUAUUUUUAAUAUAGCUCUGAGAAAUCAGUCGGCCAACGGAAUAACCAUUCGGUGGCUUAAAAUAGAUUUACGUAAUUAAAGGAGACGCGAGAACAGUAUUAGAAACAGAAAGUUUGUAAUGUAACGCGAAGAAAGGGGAAGCUUUGCAUAUGUUCGCUCAACAAGCUAUUUUUAUCCCUAUAUGCUUGUCCCAAAAAGGCUUUAAAUUUAGUUUUCCAUAAAUAAUGUCCGGUUCACAUCAUUCCAGUCUGUAAGCGAGUCACUACAGUCUAAUUCUGGAAUGUUUCAUAUCCCUUAAUGACUAAAUCAAUGGUCUUUGUUAGGUAUUCGUAAACUGUUGAAACAAUAACCCUAUGUGACAUUGAUUUCAAUUAAAAGGUUAUUUUUUUAUUUUAUUUUUGGAAUUUAACACUGGAGUGGAAAUAGUCGAUUAUUUAUCAGUUUUAUUCUAUAGAUAUACAAUGCUGGUUUCGACCACUGGAAUAAUGUGAGUCGGGCAAGAAGAUACUUAAUUUGAAAUUAGCGUAGGUUUAGGAAUCUCUAAAAGCAAUACUCGAAACUUAAUAUUCUCUGUGAUUAGAAAAGUAUUAAUAACUAUUAAUGAUUAUUAUUAUAAUAAAAGACGAUUGAUGGUUGUGUUUGUGCAAUUCCUAGUUUUUAAGUCGAAAUUUUCCUCCCGAGGACUUGGUCCUCCAUUGUAAUGAUCUGAGUACUUAAAAAAACUGAGGGUAGGUACGCAAUGAUUGGCAUUGCUGUACCUGCUAUCCGAUGAGUUAUAUCUUGUAACUUAGCGGAGUUAGUGAUGGUGUUUAUAGUACUUGGACAUGUAUAUUACUUGCCAUUUUAUUUCGUGUACCACGCAAAGACAAGCGGCAGUGUAGAGCUAAAUGCAUGCGGCAGCUUUGCCGGCCACAUUCCUUGCCGGUCGGCACACUUCUACCCCGGCUUGUAGUGUUUAGAAUGCUCUAGAAGAGGGGAGCGAAAGUUUUAGGGGGGGUUAGUGCGUUCUCUGUCCCGCGCAGACGAGGAUUGAGUUGUGGUUUGCGUAUACAUUCUAGGUUUUGUGAGUGUCAAUUUUGUAGAGCUUAGAAUGUUUUGUAUUCAGCCUGGAUACUACAGCGCGGUGCGGGGUAGCAUGGUAUAAGUGUAGGGGGGAUAAAGAGUAGUGUGGGGAUAGUUCUCUGUCCCGCGCAGACGAGGACUGAGUUGUGGCUUGCCUAUAAAUUCUAAGUUUUGUGAGUGUCAAUUUUGCUGUGUUAAUUAUAAUUGCGGGUAGAUCUGAUAUCUACAAGCCGGGGAGCCCGAAUGCUAUAUCACAUUGUAUACACAUCCCUAUACUAUUAUAAUAGCAGUAUUCUUUAUAUUUAAGUAGGUUAGAACCUUCUGAGAUUGCCCGCGUAUUGCCGCGUCUGACAUGCCUUGACUGUUCCAAGUCCGAAAUGGUGAUGUAUUUUCUUUUUUUGUUGUAUAAAAAGCAAGAAAUAAGAUCUCUGCAAAAAGCUUGCCAUCUCUUUCGCACGUACGACGUGAAGUGUAAUAUAAAUGUAAGUAACUUAUCUAUUUUUUAUUACUCAUGACAUUUGAAAGUUGAUUUUUUCUGUUGUUUUUUUUAGACUUAUUGUAUUUUGGCUUUGGUUCGGCGCAGACGCGGCAAUCGCAUCGCCCGUCGGAUAACACCUUUUGUAUAUUAGCAUUUUUUUCCUAAAAUUCUCAGUAUUAGAUGGUUGAAUUUAAUAUUAAUUAUUGUGAUGUCUCACUUAGUAACUUAGUAACCCCUCCGCGCCUCCGCGUCUUGCCAAAUGACUGACGCGGCGGCCACGCCUCUAGUUUAGUAUGUACUUAAUUUUUUUUAUAUAUACCCUCGUGUAUAUCAGUCUCACCAUCCCACGGGACGGUGGGUCUUUGAAUGCUAACAAAAGUAUAUUUAUAUUUUUUCUUUUUAUAAAACACUGUAUUAGUUUGGUAACCGGGCCGGCUAGCGACCAACACGUCCGUCCUGUUCGCUGUCACUUUGCCAACUACCCGCAAAAUUCUGUUUUGUGUUCAAAUGUGACGGCGAACGGACGGCCGGAAAUGUCGCGUACCGGCUUUUAGUAGUAGUUUUGUAUUUAGUGGUCUUAGUAUUUUGCCCGUACAUAACUGUAUGUAAUGGAGCACCUAGCUACCCGAUGUGUCAUUACAUGGAUAAUAUUAGAACAAUAAAAUGUGUGUUUUAUUUCUUAGUACCAUGUGUUCUAUGGGAGAGAGUCUUGCUGGGUUUUUCUUUACACGGAGUCCUUCUAGCUUUGAGUGCACGUUGGUUGCCUACAUUAUUGAACGUAGAAUGGCGCCUUGCUGAGCGGGGCGAGCGGUGAGUCGACGUAGUGAUAGUUACACUCCAGGCAUGCGUAUGCAGUUCCCAGUUACCGGUAGCCCGCGACUUGACUAACAGUAAACCUGAACCCCCGUACUUCGAUGGCAUGGUUGGCAUGUAAUCAUACGUAAAUACAAACAAUAUACUCGUAUCUUCCAAAUUCACUGUCAAUUCUUGCCACACGUUGGUUGUGAAACGUGCUAUUAUGUUUGUCCCGACGUCGAGACUACUUCGGCGUCGAGAGAAACAUCGGGGCCCCGAUUCGGUGUGCCGUUUGUGUUGUGACUACCCGCGGGGUGAAAACAAUUGUGGCGACGAAAACAAUUGUGGCGACGCGGCAAAGAUGCAGCUCGGGGUGGCUUACGACGCCAGCGCCACAUUGGGUGAGGGCCGACGACCUAGACACGUAGUGUAGACCUUGUAGUGUCGCUUCGCUUGAGACCUACAGUCUUCCUGGUUUGACUCUAAUUUGCCAAAAAUAGGCCAAAAGUUUGCAUUUUUUGCUCAAAUUAACAAAUCUGAUUUGUAAAGUAAGGCCCGCUGCCUUAGAUGAGAGAUUAUAAAAAAAAUGUACGACUGUAUACGAUCGCGGCCAUUUUGUGGUGAAGUCAAAAUGGUGGCCGGCCGCGUCGUGGUAGUGGUUGUGGCCUAAAAACUAGUAGAACAUUUGUGAGGGGGCUUUAUAAAUUCUAAAGAUUUAAAUAUAGAAUAUAAAUUUUUGUGUAAUAGUUAAAUUCAAAUUGGUUCUAUUUAGAACUUGUACAUGUAAGGUGACAAAUAUAAUUAAUGGUAAAGUUUUCACAAAUACCCUCCUAAAUUUUUAACCAGUUUUUAGGCUUCUCGAGAAGUGUUUGCUAACAAAAGCCUGCAGUAGACCAGAGUAGUAUAAGGAUAAGACAAUAAUAAAGGGAGACGUUGCCAACUAAGACGCUAUUAAUACUAAUUUUACGCGCGCAAUAUCCACCGCCAGCGAAGCUAAGGUAGUUUAUAGCUGUGCUCGUUUAAAACUGAUUUCGGUUAGUUUAUAUAGUUUACGAGUGUGCAUCGGAAAAGUAAUAGAAUUUGGACGAAUUGCUACUUUAUAGUAUAAAAAACAAUCAACUAGAGUAAGUAUUUAUUUAACUAAUCGAUAUCUACCAUAACGCAUGUCUUCUCACUAACGGUAUUUCAUAUAUGAUUCCAUAAUGUACGUAUGUAUUGUGUAGUAACGUAACUUAAUACUUAGAAUUUCAAACGGAUUUAUAUUGUCGCUUUUUUUUUACUAUAAAGUCUAGGCUUGUGUGCUAGUAGUCACAGUGUAUCGCGUAUGCUGAAUUCGUCAGAUGAAACGUCAAAGCGUCGAUACACAACUUUUUCAGAUUACGGAAAGUCUUGACAGCCUGGAUUUGUUAUGUACUACGUAUUAGAGCUGUUCCAAAUGAAAAUCAUGUCGCGACAUAAAACAGCGGGGAUUAGCGCAGAGCUGGCUGAUUGUAGUUAUUUCUGCCACACUAAGACAUUAGUUCAGCCUAUUCAUCCUAUUAAAAUAUGCAGCGCUAAAUUGUUAAUAGAAUUUUUUUUUCUGCGGCCAAAACGUCGUAAGCGCUAUAUUACGUAAGAAUUACGCGGUGCUCAAGCUUUUCGCUCAAGGGCAGGCGACAAACAUGUUGAAACAUGACCGCCGCUUUUCGCAUGGCUGGAAGCAGUGGCUCUUGGACUAAGUAUGUGUAACUACAAAGUGGCUUUGAUCAAACCCAAACGCGGUGUGUGCAAAAAUUUUGCAGCAAUCGAUGGUAUGGCCUGAUCUCGCACAAUUAUGACAUUGUUGCCUCUCUGUAUCAAUUCUAUUACUGCCUUCAACAUAGUAAUCUAACAAGAAACUCUGAAGUGCGGCGAUAUCGCCACAGUCGAGUGAUGUCUUCUCUAGUACGUAGUACACUACUGCUCUACUACAUAAUAACUCUAUGGUCAGCCUAGACUUUGUAAAUUAUGUACAAAGUUAUUUUUUUUUUUGACAAACAUUCCAAAGCAUAGCUUUAGCUUAGCUCUCGAUGGAUAUUACGCAAUUCGCCAUAGACGAAAACAAUACAUUCCUCUCUAGUCAUUUUAAUAUGUUUAAGAUUCUAAAGUUGUAUGGAGGGAAAAAAUCUACAAAACUCUAAUCUUGCUCAACUUCUCGCCUAGUAGGCCGAGAGCCCACGGUCGCCGGUCCUUCGCUGUAGUAACAAUGUUAUAAUUGUCUACGGUUAUUAUACCAGGUACGAUAACCAUAGACAAUAUUUCAGGGAUUUAACCCAAUUGGUUUGACACUUGAGAGAAAUAAUUGGGUCGCAACUUAGGAAUAUAAACAAAUAUCAAUAGUUCAUUGAACUUUCAAUAUUUGUAAGUUUCGUCUUUAGAAACUGGCAAAAAAUGGUUAAGGAACAACCCAAUAUGGUGUGACAUUAGUUUGUGAUUAUAGAGUAGGGUCUAAUGCCUUGUUACUAUAGUGUAAGUAUGACGAACACUGGCUCUUGGUCCAUAGUUGUAAUCUUCUAUUCUACGAAAAGCUUAAGCAGUAGUGAUGUGCCAUACACCGUACAUGCCAUAGCACAGCGAUGACGUCACACUAGUGACACGCCCACAUGCUUCGCGAUUCCAGGCUCACUGGACCAAAUGUACUCACAGAAGUGAAAAAUAAAAGUACUUAUAUUCUUAAUUAAUUAAUAAGGUUAAUAAUAUAUACAUGGAUUAAAUAUACAACUUUUGGAUUGGUAUAAUAUAAAGUAUGUUAUGAAAAAAAAAAAUAUGUUGUGUGUUUUAAAAUGUACGGCAGAAGCUAGAGUAGUGAUGUAGUGUAGUGAUUUUGAAAAUUUACAUAUUACAUAUAUAAUAUAAUAUUAUUAAUACAUAAGUGAACUAACCGAAAAGCAAUAACAUUAAUAUUAUUAUUAUUAAUAUAUUAAUACAGCACGCGCGCGCUGUGGCUAAGACACGACACGUAUGAGAUAACCAAGUAUAUAAUACAAUACGUCACCUAGAGCCACUUAUGCGAGGCGAUGCGACAGGCGACAGACAUGUUGAACCAUGACCGCCGCUUCUCGCAUGGCUGGAAGCCGUGGCUCUUGGACUAAGUAUGUGUAACUACACAGUGGCAUUGCACUACGCUGAUGCUGAAGCUUUGAUCAAACCCAAACGCGGUGUGCGCAAACAUUUUGCAGCUAUCGAUGGUAUGACCUGAUCUCGCACAAUUAUGUCAUUGUUGCCUCUCUGUAUCAAUUCUAUUACCGCCUUUGUAUCAUAUUGGUUUGGUUUGUCUAUAUUCAAACCACAGGGGACUGAGACGGGGGCGGGCGGUAUCACGCACGCCUGUCAAUGAAUGAAUGAGAAGUGUGCUUGCUACAUGCUCACUCGCUUCUCUAUGUCAUUAUUCAUUGCCUCGUAUCCUGUGCAAUGCACUGGCAAAAACUGGUGAUUAUGCGGUUUAUUGAUGUACGAAAUAUUGAUUAAUGACAAUUUGAUAAAAGAAAUUCAGGUAUCUUACAGGUAAUAUGCUUCGACACGUAGUUUUACGGAACAGAGCCAUAUUCCAUGUGUUUACUCUGACAUUGAACAUGAAAUGGCUAAUUAAAAUCUUUGCGAUGUUAUUAUGGGCUUGGUCAAAUCUUCAAGAUGGCGACACGGCAGCGCGCGCUAUUACAUGUUAGAUUAUUAUUAUACACUCUGCAUACAAAAUAUUACAAUAUUUUUGUAUAAAUAGGAUUGGUGUAUUCAGUAGUUGGUAUUUGUAUUUUUAAAAGGUUAAAUAAUCGUGAUAAUUAUUCGAUAAACUACACACUUGUUGAUAAGUGACGUGAUUUAAUGUUUAACACGUAGUGCGUGGGAGAACGCCGCUUGGGGCGUGCGGCCAUAUUUUAUUUUUACCAUAGACUAUAGACGCAAGCCACGCGCACUGUGGUAGCACAGACAAAUCCUAAAAGUAUAGUACAUGGAGUAUUACUCCAAGGUAAUAGUUGUUUUAUUUGUUUGAAAUUAAGAAAAAAUCAUUUUUGCUUCGGAAUUUUUUUGCUAACUCAUAUUUUACUUAAGUAAUAAAACUCCCAAACAAAUAUAACAUACUAUAAAAAUAAUGAUGCCUCGAAAAUAUUGAGGUGACAAUGUUUUUAAAAAUUAUGCUGUCUGUUGGUACAUUGCGCGUGCAUAGAAAUCGAUAAAAUGCUACAUAUUGUGUUUUUAUCGCGAAAAAUACGUCUUACGAGAGUUUUACGAUAGUUCGAACAGCAGAUAACAAUUUUUUAUUCGAUAUUUUGCGCGAUACAAAAGUAUUUUCAUCGUGUAUGUUAUUUUGACUUGAUAUUGAUGACUCGUUUUGAUUUUUUUUUUGUUUAGGGUCAAAAUUAAAGUUAAAUUAUCUUUUUGUGGGUAGGUAUAUGUUUUUAUGUUAAUGAAAUAAAGCAGCACACCCGGUCACAUAAAAAUGAAGUGCAGUUUUGAAGUGGCUGUUUUAAAGUCAAGACUGUGGAAAGUAGGCGCGGACGAGUGAAAAACGUGUCAAAUCUGCAUUAUCUCUGGCCGUGUGGGUGUGAAGAAAAAUAGUCUCAUUUACAUGGAGAGAGUUUCUCGACCAUUUUACGCCGAGAUAUAUAUUUUCAAAGAUCUUCAGAUAUGUAUAAUAUUCUUAUACAAUCAAGAUGCAUCUUAUGAGCAAUCGCUGAAAAACUGUGUGUCUUUAUUUAGUUAGUUAUUAGUAGAGAUUGUCUACACAACCAUUGGUAGUCACUGCAUACAGGCAGACUUGUUUGAAUAUACAUAAAAUGUUCUGCAAUGAAAAUGUAAGAGUUUUUACUUUACUUUGUAUGGUGAAUGGAAUACACCGUUUCUUUUUAUCUCAAACGUACGUUGUGAUCAAUUGAUUGGUUUCAUUUUGAUUGAAGAGAGAAUAAUGUCAAGAAAAGAAGAAAGUCCUUUUUUAUAUUGAUGUCUUAUAAGACCUCCAAGUGCAUUUUUGCUUACGCUGACAUACUGAAUGACGUCAUUAAUGUAGUAAGCGACGGCGCGCGGUGCUUGCUUUCAGUGUAACAAUUACACUGAAAGCAGCGCCAAAUGAUAUUAUUGCUAACAAAAAAAAGUGUAAAAGUAAAUUUUAUAGAACUCCAAUAGUCCAAAAUCAUUGUUUGGGUAUAUUAUUGGGAUGGUGAUAAGUAACUCGCUUUAUGUAAAUGAGAUAUAUUAGAACAACUAUCGUAAAACCCUGUUACCCUUUUAAAUAGAAGCUGUAUUGACAUUCCUUUUAUGUAAAUUAUUAUUUGGGACUAUUCAUUGGUUACGUCACACGAAUUACGCCACAUUAUUCAUCUGACACCCCAGAAUAAUACAGUGCAAUCUUUGUAGUUUGCAAGUUUUGUGACGUCAUUUUUAUUACAUUAAAGUUACAAAGAUGUAUCUACAUAGAUAUAUAAAAUAAAUGUUUAUAUAAAGCCUUCAUUGUACUAAUGUAUGAAGACAUGAGUUUGUUGUUUUUAGGUCCCACGGCACAGUGGUAAGAUGCGCGUGACGUAAUCAGAAAUGUCUAUGGUUGAUUGCAUUUGACGGUAGUACGUAUUUAUAAAUAGAUAACCUAUAGACAACGUAGAUACGGGCUGUUUUUUUGACUCAUUCGAUUAUAAUCCCAUUUGUUUGCUCCUGUAAGACUAAAGAAAACUGUGAUAGUUCUUCAUGUCUUAAAACAUGAGAACUGUUAUGGUUUUUUUUUAUAUUCUAAAUGGGAGUUUGGAGAGGGAUUGUCACGGAAUGAGCCGUAUAAUUUAAUCACUGACUGCUAAUAGAGGAACUUUGUGCAAUAUGUAAUGAUUUUUUAUAAGCAAUUUUUUUGUGUGAUUCCUUAAAAAGAUGCCCUGUAGUUUGGGAUUUGUGGGGUAUUUUAUAUUUCGUAGUUAAGAGUAGUAGUACUUAAAUUUUUUUUUUCAUAAUAUGAGAACCGAUUCCUCGAGCAUAGACAAUUAACUAUAUUUGUUUUUGUAUGACAUUAAACACACUCACUUUAUAUAUUAAAAAAGUUUGAACUUUCUGAAUGAAAUAAUAUAGCAAAUGUCUAUGCACACGGAAUGUUAGUUCUGACUUUGCUUAUUUUGCAGAGUAAAUAAAUAACACUGAAUGUUAUGUAUAAAUAUCCAAUAUAAUCCAUAUAAGUAGUUUUGUAUUUCUUGGUAUUGCGUAUUUUUUGGUAGUUAUCAGGGUAUUCCCUGUGGCAUUCAAAUGAUGACGCUGCGACUUGUGGCGGGAAACUUGAAAAUUCCCAUUUGGGGAUGUGUCAAAUUUGACGUCACUUGAGCACAUUUAUUAUUUGAAUGUCAUAGAGAAUCCAGAUGUACAUUGCGCUCUCAUUAACAAAUACGUACGAGAAUGUAUAGAGUAUAGACAAUCCGGUCGUAAAAGACCGGGUACUUUAGCUAGUGGACGCAGUAGAUUGCGUUUGCGCCGGCCGCGCGCCUCCUUCAACGCCUUUAAUAUCUAUGGUUCAUCUUCACUUAGACGAAAAUUAGAAAUAAAUGGUAAAAAAAACACAGCCGUUCUUUCAUUUAUCGCUUUUUCCCUACAUAUUUAUUGUACGAAUAUUUUUACUGUUCGAAUGUAGAUUAGCAAGGGGCCUCGGCCCCGAUUUGGGCGCCAGUAUUUAUUUUUCUUACAAUAUAUAUUAUAUAAAUUUCUUUAUUAGUUAGUUCUAUGAACCCCAGUUUAUGGUAGACAUUAGAUUUUUCAAUGGAUAGUUUGGAUUUUUCAACCCUCUACGGACCUAGAUGCAUGAGACGAGGUAACGAAGCAGAAUGGCGAUGCAUGAGUCGCUGUGGGGACCGCCGCCUCCAGAAGAGCCGAGGAUUUAUAGUCUGUAGUGAGAGACAAUACUGAGCCACCGACGACAGGUAUUUCCUACGUAGAAUUUCAGUAUUGUCUGUCAUAAUCCACUGCUGUUAUUUGCUUAGUUUUUAUUUCUAGUACCCUAUCUAGUAAAGUGCAUCCCAGUAUAUAGUCAGUAGAUCAUAGACAAAAGUGGUUUUGGGUGCUGGGUUUUUUGAACUUUUUAAAAACGUAAUGUAGUUGAAUGGUUUUUUACCUAGUCAGUUUUUUCUUAAUUACCAUAAUUUAAUAAAAUAAUGAAAAAAAUGUGAUGAUAUUUAAUAAAGUAAUCGGAGAUGCUUGUAAAGAAUUUAUUUUUCAAAUCAUGUAGACAAAUUUAGAAAAGUAGUUUAGAUUGGAAAAUAUCUCGAGCAUAUCAUCCGCGGACGACCCUACAGACACAAACGCAUUUGUGCCUUAAACAUUAGGUUUUUGUUUUUCGUUGAAAAUUAAAAAAAAAAGUUGUUUUGUCUAUGAAAAUGCUAGAACUUUAGAACGUAGAAUACGGACCAAUAUUAGUUUGGGAAAUGGAGACAAUAUUUUUUGUACAAUUUUAUUUAUCCCGUUGAAUUUGAAAAUGUGAUCGAGGUCAUUGAACCUGCUAACGAAUUAGAUCUCAUUCGUAGUGUAUGUUAGUGAACUCGUAUAAAUAAAACAAAAAUAUAGAAAACCCCUUCUGUAGAAGUACAAAGUAUGAAAUAAGUGUUUUAUAACAUUUGUAAUGUCGUUGACAUGUCUUCCUUGACAAAUGAUAGACUGAUAUUUAGCCACCUGAUGUACUUUCUUAUAGCUUUGUUUUCGAAAUAUCCCGUCUGGCUGGGAUGCACUAGAUUUCGUUUAACACAUCCUGUGAAGGCACUUGUUUAGAACUGACAAAAACCUGCCGCCAUUCGUUGUCUAUGGUUAAUGAGAUCUGUCAAAUUUCCCACCAUUUUUGAUCAUAUGUGAUUUUACAAUGUUAGGUCUAAAAAAGUGCUUUUUCAUAUUUUAAAAAAAGUAUUGUGUAUGUUUUUCUGAUGUAGUAUUUAAAAUGUGUUCAGUAGUAUUUAAACCCUGUAUCUAACUUUACAUUGAAAGUAAGCCGAGUGCCUCAACGUGUGACAAUAUCUUAAUAUCACACUUAAUUUUCCAAUGCAUUUAUAAAUCAUAUGAUCCAGUAUUAUUUUUGGGUAUUUGCAAUAAGUCGAAAUAUAUUGUGUGAGGAACUUAUUUUAAUCGCUUGUUAAAUAGUCUAGUCAACAAAUGAAUUGUUAUUGAUAAUAUUUUGUUUUUUUUUAUUAUUUUGUUGUAAAAACAUAGUUUAGUUUGUAAUUUUUACUUAGACUUAUUAUAUUAUACAUUUGAACCAUUUGCGCGAUUCCAUUAUUGAAUCAUGACCAUAAACAAUUUUUUUUAUCGGUUUCGCGUAAAUAUACUUACAGAGUUCUCUUUAGUUAGAUUUGACUGUAAAUAAAUAGAUUAAGAUUGUUAUUUAAAAUAUUGUGUGUAUUUUAACGUACCUUCUUCGUAGGGUUUUAGAUUAAAAUCUUUGACUUAUUUCGUCGUGAAAUUUUAAAAUAGUGAUUUCUAUUAGUAGACUUUUCAAUUAUCAAAAUUGCGUCUGUUAAAGAAAACAAUAAAAUGAUAUUUUUUCCAAUUUAUUUCAACAAACAUAAUACAUAAUUUAAAACAUCAAAUCAUGAUAUAUAAUUAUUGUAAUUUAUGAAUAUUAAAAUUUAUAUCAUUUAUGAUAAAAUUUUCAUAAUCAAUUAAAAUAUUUUAAAGUUUACGGACGCCAUUUUGAAAAUUGAAUGGUGAACAGAAAGUUCUCUACGAAUUUGUAUAACAUAAGUAAGCUCCUUAUAAUCAAAAUCGACGUACUUAUUUACAUCUUACGCUGGGAUUACAUUACAGUACGCGAACUAUGGUCAAACAAUAGUGCCAAUGACGUCAUUUAAAAUUGUUUUUUUUUUAUUAAUAAACCUACUAUUUGGAUUUAAAAGGCUGUAGAUCAACUUUACAAUUAAAAGUUUCUAAAAACAAACCAAAUAAAACAUACCUACAUACUCAAUCGACAUCUGCAAGCAAAAUUUUUUGUCAAUCUUAAAUUGUUGGUCUUUGACAGACUCUGGUGCCAAUGACGUCAUUAUUGUCACAUAUUGAGCAAUGCUUCGCGCGCUGUGACGUAGCACCAGUUUUUAGUAGUAGUUUGAAUUUGUAUUUCAUACAAUUACCCUGGAAUGUAUAGAUUUUUUACGACAUGACAUAAUAAUAUAUGGUAUUUACUGGCAACACAGUAUAAAAAACGUUUAAAUAUUUAAAAAAAAAAACAAAAAAAUACUUAAUUAUAGCUAUUUAAUAAAAUUAAGUGAUCGAAAAAAAAGAAAUCUUCGAAAUAUUUCUUGUAAAACUUUUUUAUACAAAGUUAAGUAUGAAAUUGGAUAAAUCGAAGCGGUAUUUUAAAAACUGUGUUGCCACACCCGGGAAUCGUGUGUGAAGACCAUUUGCCAGCAGUUUUUGGUACUUGCAACUCUACAAUAAACUAUACAGGGAUAUGGCCUAACGUUGUAAAUAAUCCGGAGUAGAGAUCCAUUACGUGUCUAGGUCAAUAUUUAGAUAUUCAUGUCUUACGAAAUAAUUAUUAGGUGCCUAAGUCUCUUUCUCACUAAUUAAUUAAUAAUUGGGUGAUACAGUUAACUUUAAUAGUAAUAACUUUUAACUAACGCGUAUGCUACACUAUAGUUACAUUUUUAACUUCUACCCUCUUUCGAGAAAGUUAUCAUUAUAAAAAAACGCUUGAAGUCUACACAGGUGGUCAUCUAAAAAGAAUGAAAUUAGGAAACACGAAGUGAUGAAUAGAAAAAAAUAUUCAAUUUAUUUUAAAUUUUUCAUGGCAACAUUGCAAAUUAUAGUUUAUAACCUAUAACUAUUGAAUAGAAACAGGCCUACUAAUUCAUUACUUAUCAAAAUACCUAAUUAAGAAGUUUAUAAUUAUGUUUAGCAGCAUUUAUAAAAACACUAAAUCUCUGAUUAUUGUACCUAAAUGAGGGCUUUAUUUGAACAAAACAAUCUAAAAAGUUCAAGUUUUAUAAUAUAAUUGAACUUUUUAAAUCAUAUUUUUACUUUUUAUUAAUAAAACUAAGGUAUGAUGAAGUCGUUUCGAAUUGUUACUUGAAAGUAAAAUCAAUUAUUCAAAAGAUUUAUAAAAGUUUUGAAUUAGAUAACAAAUAAAAUGCUUCUUCCAACGCAGUUUGUGACAGUGCAUUUGUCGCUAAAAAUGAACCUAUCAGUCUUCUUUUUCGAUGACCAUUAAAAACCUUAUAUAGUCUUUGACCUACCCGCAUUUUUAUUAUAUUUCUCGUAUCUUGUAUAUUUUAAAAUGGUCCUUUCACAUGAUAUCCUUUAAAUCUAGUCGACGGUAGUUUUUUAUUGUGACAAAAAGAUAUUGAAUGUACUUAUUGAGAGUUACUUAGCCUUGAUAAUAUUAUUUAUCUACGACGCGACACCAGCGCCGCGCUGUUCGGUGCGGACGAACUAAAAACUAAACGGUUUUAAAUAAAUGGUUUCGAUUUCA